AUGAACCUCCCACCAUCAACAAGUGGAGCAGGGGGAAUGAUGCUACCGCCUCCUGGUUUGAGUACUGCUAGUGGAGUAUCAAUUGCAAUGAGUUCUGGGGGGCCUAUGCCUGGUGGACAUCAACAACAGAUAUUAGAAAAUUCUUCACUGCUCAGCGAUUUUGAUAUUCACUCCCAACAGCAGCAACAACAACAAAUGAAUUCGACCUCAGGUCUUUGGCCUCCUCCACCUCAAACAUCAAGUAUUGAUUCAGCUGCAGCUUCAGCUGGUAGUGAUCAAUGGGAAUUGAAGUGUGCAAAAGUAUAGCCAUAAAAACAAAAAAAAAGAAAAUAAAAUUAUUAGAAAAGCAUGGAUUAAAGAAAAAAUA